AUGUCUUGGGAAGUGCUGCCAGUGGAGGUACCAGGAGCAGACACUGAAAACGUGUCUCUAGAACUGCUCCCCACAGAGGUGCCAGGAGUAAAUCCUGAAAAUAUGUCUCUAGAACCGCUGCCCACGGAGGUGCCAGGAGUAGAGCCUGAAAAUAUCUCUCUCGAAUUGCUGCCCGUGGAGGUGCCAGAAGUAGAUCCUGAAAACAUGUCUAAAGGAUUCCUACCCAUGGAGGAGCCAGGAGUGUAUCCUGAAAGCAUGUCUAAAGGAUUCCUGCCCAUGGAAGAGCCAGGACUAUAUCCUGAAAACAUGUCUAAAGGAUUCCUGCCCAUGGAAGAGCCAGGACUAUAUCCUGAAAACAUGUCUAAAGGAUUCCUGUCCAUGGAGAAGCCAGGACUGUAUCCUGAAAGCAUGUCUAAAGGAUUCCUGCCCAUGGAGGAUCCAGGAAUAGAUCCUGAAAACAUGUCUCAAGAAUUGCUGCCCAUGGAGGUGCCAGAAACACUCUAUUACAUGAAUAAAGGGAAGACCAUGAUACCAUCAAAUGCACUAGAGGAUGGAAACUCAGGGCUUGGUUCCUUGGGAGAUGGUGAAUGGCAAAGAAGGAAUGCUGACAGUACUGGGCCAGACCAAGGUGAUUUCAAGAUAGAAUCCUCUCCUUGCUACCUGUUGACCGUAAGGAUCAUCCGGAUGAGAAAUCUCCAGCGAGUGGAUGCCUUAAGCCAGGCUGAUUGCUAUGUGUCCCUGUGGCUGCCAACGGCGACGUGUGAAAGGUCACGCACUAAAACUGUGAGAAACUCUGACAAUCCAGUGUGGAACGAAACCUUCUACUUCAGAAUCCAGAGUCAGGUCAAGAACGUGCUGGAGCUCACAGUGUACGAUGAGGAUUUUGCUACUCCAGAUGACCAUCUACUCUGUGCACUCUUUGAUACUGCUAAACUUCCACUUGAAAGAACAGUGAUCCUGUACUUCAAGCCUAGCCCAGAUGCCAAGGAGGAACUAGAGGUUGAAUUCAAAUUGGAAGUUGCACCUGGUCCUCAUGAAAUGAUUGCUAGCAAUGGAGUGCUGGUGUGUCGUGAACUUUGCUGCUUGGAAGUUGAAGUGGCAGAGAAGACGAAGCAAAAAUCAAAGAAGGAGCUUUCCCUCACUGUGAAGGGCUCCUUCCAGGGGACUCAGGAUAUCAUGCUGGGCCCCAAUGGAGUUGUCAGCCCAUCGUGUCCCAUCGAGUUCCACUACAUCAAGUACGCAGAGCCAACACUGGAUGUCAUGCUGCCAAAGAAGAGGCGCUACCACCCUUGGUCCUGCAGGUACAGCACAGAGACGGGCUCCCCAGUUGUGAUGCUGAACUCGCUGCCCAUGGGAAGGAAAACAACCAUUGCAGAGCAAGUGGACAGUGAUAACAGGAAAAUUGGUGUUAUUCCACAACAGGAAAAAUGCCACCAAGACCUGGACAUGCGCUUUGGGUUUAACUUAUGUUCUGAAGAGAUGGCUUUCCUUGGGAAAAGAAAGAGAUAUGUAGCAAGUGCCCUCAAAAAUGUUUUUCACCUACCACACGAUCUGCAGGAUCAAGAAGUCCCUGUUGUGGCUAUCAUCACGACAGGAGGAGGGCUGAAGUCAAUGACAGGAUUGUAUGGCAGCCUCAUGGGACUCAAGAAGUUAAAUCUCCUGGACUGUGUGACAUACAUCAGCGGGCUGUCCGGCACCACAUGGACCAUGGCCAACUUAUACAGAGAUGCCUACUGGUCACAGAAGGACCUGGACUCACAUAUUGGUGAAGCCCAAAAACAAGCAACAAAAUGCAAGAUGGGCUGUUUCUCCAUGGAUCGCAUGAAGUACUACAACAAACAGCUUUGCCAGAGGAAAGAAGAGGGAUACAGGACAUCAUUUAUAGAUCUUUGGGGUCUCAUGAUUGAGUACUUACUAAACGAUGGGAAAGACCCCCACAAGCUUUCAGAGCAGCAAGAAGCACUGUGUGAUGGCCAGAACCCACUGCCCAUCUACGUGUCAGUCUGCGUCCGGGACAGUUACAGCACCAAUGAUUUCAAAGAGUGGGUGGAGUUCACUCCCUACGAGGUGGGACUGCUGAAGUACGGCGUGUUUGUUCGCACGGAGCAUUUCGGAAGUGAGUUCUUCAUGGGCCGCUUGUUAAAAAAGCUCCCUGAAUCCCGCAUCUGCUACCUUCAAGGUAUGUGGAGCAGUAUAUUUUCUGUGAACCUUUUACAAAUAUGGGGACUGUCCCACAGUUCAGAGGACUUCUGGAAGAGAUGGACACAAGACAGAAUAGAUGAAGUUGAUGAAGACCCGGUGUUGCCCACAAGACCCCAUGAGCUGAGGACUCGCAUGUACACCCCCCCUGGCGCCCUGUCCAGCGCCCUUCGGGGGGCAUUGACCGACCGCUUCUCCGUUGCCCAGCACCACAAUUUCCUGAAGGGCUACCAGCUGCACAACAGCUACAUGGAGAAUGAGCACUUCUGUCAGUGGAAAGACACUGUGUUAGACUCACGUCCCAACCAGCUGAUGCAAAAUCCUGAUCAGCUGGGCAUGAUAGAUGCUGGAUUUUUCAUCAAUACCAGCAGUGCACCACUUUUAAGGCCACAGAGGGAAGUGGAUGUCAUCAUCUAUCUAAGUUAUACUACUGGAUCACAUACAUCGUCUCUAGAUAAGGCGUAUAAAUACUAUUCAGAGCAGAAAAUCCCAUUCCCAACAAUUUCUUUGACUGACGAAGAUAAGAAAAAUCUGAAGGAGUGCUACAUCUUCCAAGAUUCAGAUUUGCCAGGAUGUCCAAUUGUGAUUUUUCUUCCCCUUGUGAAUGAUACCUUCCAAGAGUACAAAGCACCUGGUGUCAAGCGCUGUUGCUCAGAGAUGGACGAAGGCCAGCUUGAUUUGACCAGCUGCUGUUCCCCCUACUGCAUGUUCUCUGUCAGAUACACUGAUGAGAACUACCGCAAGCUGCUGAAUCUCAGCGAGUACAACAUCCUCAACAACUCACAGAUGAUUAUGCAGGCCUUGCAGACAGCGAUGCAAAGGAGAAGGCAGAAAAUGUGCUGA